UCCUCCUGGUCCGAUUAACCCGCUCCUCCACCCCGGAGGAGCCCUGACCUCGAGCCCUGACCUCAGCCUUCUCCCCAAACCCGGCUGAGGAGUGGCCCGCUCUGGGCCUCCCUCCGCGGACCCCGACUCCCAGCCCCGGCCCCCGCCCGGGCCCGCGCCCUCGCCAUGGUGAAGCUGCUCCCCGCCCAGGAGGCGGCCAAGAUCUACCACACCAACUACGUGCGCAACGCCAGGGCGAUUGGCGUGAUGUGGGGCACGCUGACCAUCUGCUUCUCCGUGCUGGUCAUGGCCCUCUUCAUCCAGCCCUACUGGAUCGGGGACAGCGUCAACACCCCGCAGGCGGGCUACUUCGGCCUCUUCUCCUACUGCGUGGGCAACGUGCUGUCCUCCGAGCUCAUCUGCAAGGGCGGCCCUCUGGACUUCUCCUCCAUCCCCUCCAGAGCCUUCAAGACUGCCAUGUUCUUCGUGGCCUUGGCCAUGUUCCUCAUCAUUGGCUCCAUCAUCUGCUUCAGCCUGUUCUUCGUCUGCAACACGGCCACAGUCUACAAGAUCUGCGCAUGGAUGCAGCUGGCUGCGGCCACAGGCCUGAUGAUUGGCUGCCUGGUCUACCCAGACGGCUGGGACUCCAGUGAGGUGCGGCGCAUGUGCGGGGAGCAGACGGGCAAGUACACGCUGGGCCACUGCACCAUCCGCUGGGCCUUCAUGCUGGCCAUCCUCAGCAUCGGAGAUGCCCUCAUCCUGUCCUUCCUGGCCUUCGUGCUGGGCUACCGGCAGGACAAGCUGCUCCCCGACGACUACAAGGCCGAUGGACAAGAGGAAGUCUGAAGCAGCUGAAGGGCGAUCACAGGUCAUCCAUUUCCGUGACACUGGAAACUUCUGGAGUAGGAUUCUUUAGAGAUGAACUUGUUCCUGCCCACAUCCUGUCCGAAGCCCUUUGCUGCAGGAUUAGAACCUGGUGGGCU